GACGUGACGUGCUGUAAACAGACCCAGCAGAAGGUCUUCAACCGUCUAAACUUAAUCUGUAAUAAAGCCUGUCCGCUUGAUUUUACUAAUGAAGUAGUUCCUGAGUUCCUAAGACGGUCUUUAACAGCAUAUAAGACUGCCACAUGUUUUGACGAAAGUUUGUUUGUUUGUAGAUGGUUUGCUUGAGCUCUGGCUUCAUGGCGAGUGUCGGGAAAUCAACCAGCAAGAUUAAUAAAAGAGAAACGAGGCCUCGAACUCCAUCAGAUAAGAAGCUCUUGAGAAGCUGUGAGGAGAUCUCAUCGUCGUCAUCAUCAUGUGUGGGUGAGGAAGAUCGCAGCGUCGCUCUGAACGGACAUGACAUCCAGAGUCUGGCCAUCACAGCACAAGACCUGGAGAGGCUGCGAGUCCCUAAACCGCCUACAGAUUCCCAGAAGCCCAAAUCCAUGACCCGCGUGUACGUACGUAAGAUACGCCCCCCAGACGAACUCGGCAGAAAGGUCAGGGUUACCGUAGCGAGGCCCCUCCCACAAGAUGAUGCUCCGCCUUGGCCAUUUGAAUAUGCAGGUCCCGGUGGGCCGCGGUUUGAUGCGCAGGGGAUGGUGCUGCCGCACAGCAUUCUGGGAUGCCUUGAGGAUUUUAAGACAGAGAUGCAGCUGCGAGGAGAGACGGAGCUGGUUUGGCGGAUUCCAGACGGACAGACACUCCCCCCUCUAGUGGUGGAGACUGAGAAUGACAGCGAUAAAGCUAAAGAUCUUUCAGAAAAGGGGCGGAGCCACCAGAGCCACGCCCUCCAGCACUGGUACCGUCACAUGACGGAGAGACGCAGACAGCAGGACUUCAUUUCACGGUUCCUGCAGAAGCCAGCGGCGUCUCUACUGAUGAACCGCUCCGGCAGAUUCAGACGGAUCCAGGAACAGAGGGAUCGGAUUCAAAGAGGACAUGAUCGGCGUGUGGGCAGUGAGUUCUGGAGCCUCCCGCAGCGAUACGGAGACGAGAUGAGCGGGAUCACAGCCACUCUCACACGGAGCGAGAGAGGAAACCCUCCAGACGCCACGCGCAUCGGACAGACGCUCGCCACACGCCUGGAGUCAGGUACUGUGGCGUCUGACGCAGUCAUCAGCGGCUGGGAUCAGAGUUUGUACCUGCAGCAGCGGCUUCAUGAACUCAAGGACACGCUGAGAGACUUCAGUCCUGAGGUCGAGGGUCUGGAGGUGCUCGGCUCUGGUCUGUCAGAAACACGAUCUCCUCUGCCGGACGACAGAGAAGAGGAGGAGGAGGAUGAAGAGCAGAAGGAAAACGAAGACCCUCUGGCGCUGUUUGAUGAUGUCAUCAGCGAAGUGGAGCUGCGUCCCGCUCUGAGGGUUUGUGGGGAUCUGGCGCUCUGGACCGGCAGCAGUUCCUCCCACCAGGGGCAGGAGGGCGUCUCUACCAGGCUGAUGUUUGAGACGGUCAUGGGACAGAGCGUGAGCACUGAUCUGGAGCUAAAGAAUGAAGGAAGUACUGCGAUUUACUACAGCUGGGAGAGGCUGACACCAACACACUCACACACUCAACACUUCUACUUCAACAACACUACAGCGGCGAUCUUACCUGGCAGCACUAAACGCAUCAGCUUCACCUUCAAGAGUGCGUCUGCGGGCAUCAUGACUGAGGUGUGGCGUUUGAACACACACCCGGUGCUGAUGGGCGGAGCUUCACUGCAGGUCACUCUCAGGGGCGUGGCCUUAGAUGAAGAUAAAAGUGCACAGCAGAGAGCGGCACUCGAGAAGGAGCUGGAGCGGAAAGCGGCCGUGUCGUUGUGCCGAUGGAUCAUCACGGAUCUGCUGAGAGGAGUUCGUUCUCCAGAACGGCCGAGCUCUCCUGAUGAUCUCUACGUCACAGAUGAGGAGCUGUUCCUCACGCACAACCCUGAUUUGCAGUACCACCGUGAGCCUGUGGAGGCGCUGCGGGGAUUAUGGGAGCAGGUCAGCGGCCGACACACACCUGUUUGGGAUCUGUCAUUAAACACACUCAGACAGGUGGUGCUGUCCAUUCCUGAGACAGAUGGUGAGAUCAGAGAGACGUGUUUGAGUCAGUUUAACUCACUGAUGCUGGAGCUGCAGCGGCCGCAGAUACACACACCACCUGUGACAUCACACAUCAUCAGUCUGCAGUUAUGGAGGGAGCUGAUGGACGGUUUAGUCAACGAGUCUGUGAGAUUGAGACACAAACUGGGGCUUCCAGAGAACAACACCUGGAGUGAGACGACACACAACCACCACACCUUGGAGCAGAAGGAAGAGCAGAGGACAGAGGCAGCGCUGCUCAUGAAAGACGCCAUGAGACGAGCAAGUGUUCGAGAGCUGGAGGAGUCGAGAGCAGCGGAGGAACGUGGGAGCGUGAAGAAACUCGUGCCAGAAGAGAGGAGGACGGGUGCAGGAGAGAGAGACUCCAGCUUUACCACUGAGAGUGCUGAACACAAACACACACCGCAGGACACAUACAGAGCACUGCUGCACACACAGGUGUAUGCGCUGAUGGAGAGGAUGGUGGAUUCUCUGUGUGAUUUACUCCAUGACUCUCAGACAGCAUAUUAAUACAUCUGCCUGUCUGUGUUUCUCUAGUUACAUGUCGUCUAAAGUGUCAAAUCUUAAUUGUAUUGGUCAGUAUAUGUACUUUUACUGCUCAUAAGUACAUCUUUCCUUCAGUUUGAAACACUUGAAAUGGUUGUUCAACUCUGAAAUGGUUCAGUAAUGAGGAAGGAAGUUUAUGAGCGCGUCCUUCAAGCUGUUAAGUUCAAAAGGUUUAGCUGGUUAUUGUCACUUCUCUCUGCUGCUGGAUGAUGUAACUGCGCCAUAUGAGUCUUUAUUGUAUAACCGUCUGAUCAAUAUAUUCUGAUAAAAAUAAAAAAAGUGCUUACUCCUAC